UUCAUGAUAUCGUAGAGAUAAAGUCAUUUGGGAAGAGAGAAAAAAAAUAAUCUAAAGUUUUUCCAUCUUCCCGUAACCAUAAUUAUCAUCACAAAUCAUCAGAUGAAUCAACUUGACAAGAAUUAAAUUCUAAUCAAGUGAAUUAAAAAAAGUGAUUAACUGAUUGUUUACCAUCAAAAUACAAUAUCAAUGGUCAACAAAUUGACCAUAACCAAUUGAUUAAGGUUAACCUUUGCUAAGUGACACAACAAUCAACAAAUUAUGGAUUAAAUUGUUUACAUGAAAAAAUGAUCAACCAAAACUUAUGAUAAUGAUCAAUGUUAAUCAAGUUAAAUAGCAACAUGAGAUGCUUAAUUGUUUGGAUAUUAUUGAUUCUGUGUUUACCAAUUAAACUUUCAUCAUCGAUAGAUAAUCAAAGAUCACGAUCAUCAUCAUCAUCAUCAUCUCAACCAUUUAGUUAUCACAAUCAAUGGUCAUCAUCAUCAAUCAACAACAAUUUAAAACUUUUCAGAUCAAGUAAUACAUUAGAUCGACAUGGAUCGACCUUCGUCAGGUCACCUCCACCUUAUGUGGACUUUUUAAAUUCAACCGGAACUGUGAUUCCGUGCUCAGCAAGUGGCCUUCCUAUUCCAACGAUAACCUGGUACAAAGAUGAUGGUUCAUCCCUGAUCGAUAUUCCAAAUCUUCGACAGGUAUCACCUGAUGGUUCUCUUGUUUUUUUACCUUUCACCGCAUCAAAAUAUCGAGGUGAUGUCCACUCGACAACCUACAAAUGUACAGCAUCAAAUACUCUCGGAACGAUUGAAUCUAAUCCAGUUCGGGUUAAAGCAGUAAUCAAUCAGCAUUACGAAAUUCAAGUUUACGACGAUUUCGUUAUCAGGGGCAACACUGGCAUCUUACGUUGUAAUGUACCGACAUUCGUGAAAGAUUAUGUUACAGUUAUUUCAUGGUUACGAAGUGACGGAAAUAUUAUUUCAUCGGAUCUAUUCAAAGGAGGUCGAUAUUUUAUUUUCCCCUCCGGUGAAUUGUAUAUUCAAAAGGUUGACCCAUUGACCGAUAACAAUUAUCAAUAUCGAUGCCAAACCAAACAUCGGAUCAGCGGGGAGAUUAAGUUAAGCUCAAAUUCUGGAAGAUUGAUAAUCACAGAACCUCACAGUAACGUAGCACCAAAAAUCACCGAUCGCCGGAUACGUUUAGCUGCUCAAAUAGGAGACACAGUAACUUUACCUUGUUCUGGUCAAGGGUCACCUGUACCAAGUAUCACAUGGUUUAAACGUGGACCCACUGACCCAUAUCAUUUGGUACAACAACAUUCACCACAAUCGCCUUCACUUACUAAUGUAAAUACAAGAUUAUCAUCAUCAUUAGAAUCAGACAAUUCUGUAACUAACCGGGUAAUUGAGGUCAACGGUAUUCUAACCUUCAGACCAGUACGAUUAUCUGAUUCGGGUAAAUAUAUUUGUACAGUUAACAAUUCAAUCGGACGAGAUCAAAUCGAAACUGAAUUAGAUGUGACAGAACCAUUGAAGGUCAGUUUAUCUCCUAAAGUUGUUGUGGCCAUCGAAGGGCAGGAAAUGGUUUCUUUUAAUUGUAGUAUUUCUGGCUCACCAAUUCGUAAAAUUUUCUGGCGUAAAGAUGGUGGACCUUUACCUUUGAUGGCUCGAUACCAUUCAAGUGAACAUGGAUUGACCAUUGUCCAUAUCAAACGGGAAGAUCGUGGCAUGUACUCUUGUUGUGUUGCUAAUGAUCAUAAUUCAAUCUGUGACUGGUCAAGUUUAACUCUUGCCGAUGAUCCGCCCAAGCUUAUUGAGCUUUUCCAAGAAUCAAUUCUAAUCGAACCUGGUUCACGUCUUUCAUUAAAAUGCUCAGCUUCCGGUUCACCUUUACCUCAAAUAACUUGGACACUGGAUGGUUAUCCGAUUGGUGAACAGUUAAGAGUCCGAGUGGGUGAUUAUGUGACCACCGAGGGGACAGUUAAUAGUUUUGUAAAUAUAACCUCAAUUACGAUUGACGAGGGUGGUCUGUAUACGUGCCUUGCGACCAAUGGUAUUGGUUCAACUGCCACCCAUUCGGGUCGGGUCAAUGUUCUUGGUCGUCCUUCUGUAAAACCGAUGGGAAAUGUGACCAUUGUCGCUGGAUCAACGUUCACAAUCCCGUGUCCCUAUUCAGGUCAUCCAAUUGAGACCAUCUCAUGGUAUCGACGAGAUUCAAGGUUACCAGAAAAUCAUCGUCAUAUCGUCCUACCAAAUGGUACUCUUAUUAUCCGUGGAGUUGAAAGGUCACACGACCAGGGACUUUAUCGGUGUUUAGUGACCAACAAAGAGGGUGAAUCUGGUGCAUCAUCAGUGUUUAUUCAGGUCAUUGUAGCUCCAUUAAUAUCAAUCGACUCAGCGCCCAACAUUAGGGAGGGAAUGAGGAACAUGUUAACCUGUAAUGUACUUGAUGGUGAUCCACCUUUCACCUUUAUGUGGACCAAAGAUGGACAACCAAUUGACCAUCACAGUCAAAAUCAGAAUCUAAAUAUAUCAUCAAUCAAUGAAUACUCAUCAACCCUUUUCAUUUCAAAAGUUACAUUCAAGGAUAACGGUAACUACACUUGUAUCAUAUCAAAUUUAGCUGCUUCAGCUAAUGCAACAAUUAACAUGCUGGUAAAAGUUCCCCCAAAAUGGACUCUAGCACCAAGCGAUGCUGACGCUAUUGUCGGUGAUGAUGUUAUCUUGGAUUGUCAAGCCUCAGGGUAUCCACAGCCAAGAAUCUGGUGGGAGCACUCAAAUAGCCUUUCAUCAUCAUCUUCAUCGCCCUUACAUUAUCAACCAGUUAUAUCCAAUUCUCAUAUCCAUGCCCUUGAAAACGGAAGUCUAAUUAUCAAGGAAAUUAUCAAAUCCGAUGAAGGUUAUUAUCUUUGCCAGGCAACCAACGGAAUUGGUUCAGACAUUAGCAAAGUGAUCAAAAUCUCAGUUCAUGUUCCGCCCUAUUUUGAAUCUUCCUUUACAGCUCAACCCAUCAAGAAAGGAGAUUCCCUUGAAUUACCCUGUGAGCCUCAUGGUGAAAAACCGAUCACCUUAAGUUGGUCCAAAGAUCGAAUGCCAUUCGAUCCAGCAAAAGAAUCGAAUAGAUAUAAGAUAAUUGACUCGCCGGAAAAGGAAACGAGGUUUAUUCAAAUUCUUAAAAUUGAAUCAGCGGAUAGACGAGAUUCAGCCUUAUUCACUUGCACUGCAACCAAUAAUUAUGGAAAAGAUGAGCUCAAUAUUCAGGUCAUUUUACAAGAACCUCCUGAUCGACCGGACAAUGUGCGAGUUACUGAUAUCGAAAGUAGAUCUUCAAUCGUUCGCUGGUCAAUUCCGUAUUCUGGUAACAGUAUCAUUCUCUCAUUCACCUUGGAGUAUAAAAAGAAACCCGUUUCUUGGGAAUCGAAGGAAAUUCUUACUGAGACCAUUUUAGGUUCGAUCAAUUCGAUGAACCUUCGAAAUCUCGAGCCAACUACCAUCUACCAGCUUCGUAUGAAAAGUACAAAUGCCCUCGGGUCAAGUGAAUUUAGUGAUAUUAUUGAGUUUAAAACAGACGAAGAAACUCCAAGUUUACCACCGGAAGAUGUUAAAGUCUUUCCGGUUACAUCAAAAAUCCUCCAAGUAACAUGGAAACCAGUCCCUUACCAUGGUCAAAAUGGACCAAUCAAAGGCUAUUAUCUUGGUUAUCGAGUCCAUGGCUCAGGUGACCCAUACAUCUUUAAGACAAUCGCUUCAGAUGGUUCAAUAAACACCAUUGUUGGUGGACGGGGUGGAAAAGAUAAGACAAACGGUGACCAUCGAAAGGGAUUUGUGACCUUGGACAUUGAUGACGACGGUGAUCUGAUGAUUGAAAACUCAGAAAAUGAUCUAGAUGAAAGACAAUCAUCUUCCGGUUCUUCCCCUUCGUCUUCGUCCUCUUUACUAUUUCAUAGUGUUAAAAUUGAUAACCUACGAAGGUCAACCAAAUAUGCGGUCAUUGUCCAAGCAUUUAAUUCAAAAGGACCUGGACCCCAAUCGGAGGAGAUAAUUGCUGAAACAUUGAUCAACGAUCCACCUCCCGCUCCAAUACUGACCAUUGGUACUUUCACUUAUUCAUCAAUUGAAUUACAUUGGAGUUUCAAUGAAGAUUCAUUAAGCUCAACUAAAGAUUCAUCAACUUUAUCAUCUCAAUCUUCAGAUAUUCUGGUCAACGGUUAUUACAUUCAUUAUAAAAGCCACCGAUCCGACUGGUCAGAGAAACAAGUCUCAGGUCUAAUUAGGUCAAUUGUUAUGGACAAUUUAGAUUGUGGUACUUCCUAUCAGUUUUAUAUCAACGCUUACAACAAUUUAGGCAAAGGCGAUCCAAGCCAAGUGAUUGCAGGUAAAACUAAAGGCUCAGUUCCCGCUCCACCAAGUACGGAAUUGUUCAUUUCCACCAAUUCAACGACGGCAAAUCUAAAUUUGGCCUCGUGGAAAUCGUGGGGAUGUCCGAUAAGUCACUUCGAAAUUCAAUAUAAGGUUAAGCAUUUAUAUUCCGAUUGGAUUUUGGUCUCAAAUCAGAUCGACGGCGAUGACAAAUAUUCAUUACUAACUGACCUUAAACCGGCUACCUGGUAUUCAUUACUGGUCACUGCUCAUUCAGAUGCUGGACCGACUGACCGGGAAUAUAGUUUCGCAACUCUCACCGAUAACGGGGCGACAAUAUCGCCACUCGAUUCGAGCCGACCCUUAUAUCCAACCUUAAGUUUUAUGGUGCCAACAAGUUGUGCUGUGAUAGUGCUCAUUGUGAUAAUAGUUAUCUCCUUGUUGUUGAUAUUUAAAGGUCAUUCUCGAAGACCAAUGAUGGUCAGUUAUGAUGAAACGUGUGGGGUCACUUGUGGUGAGGGUCUUGGUGAACAGGUUACAUCGGGUCGAGAUGAAAGGUUAUUAUCAUGUGGGAAUAUCGUUGUUAAUGGUGGAGGAGUUGGUACUGGAGGUGGUGGUACAAAUGGUAAUUCAAAUGGUAUUUUAUUAACUGACCAUGGAGGUGGAAAAGAUCUGGGUGGUUCAUUAAUGGGCUCAGAGUUUUGUGAAACACCAAGUAAAUUAUAUUAUCCAUCCCCUUAUGCAACCAAUCAUGUUGACUAUUCAACAAUGUUGGCGACUGACACUCCAACACCCCCACCACCACCUCCUCCUCCUCCACCUCAACUCAACACUCAGGGCUUACAAUCAACCGGAACCUUAAAAUCAGCAGCAUCUCAACAACAACAUCCUCAUCUUAAUGUUCAUCUUCAUCCAUCAUCAACUUCAUCCUCAUCCUCAUCUUCAUCAGCUGUUAUCCACUCAAUUCACCAUCAACAUCAACAUCAACUUCACCCUCAUCAUCAACAUCAACAUCAUCACCAUCAUCAACUUGAUUCAAAUGAGGUGACCUUUCACCCACUAACAGUUAAUCAAUUAACCAAAAAUUAUCCUUAUUCUAAUUAUAAUCUACCCUUACCACCCAAAUGGGUUUAAAAGCUAAACAAUUAACUGUUAGAAUGGAAAAAGAGAGAAAAAUCUCCACAACAAUUAACUAAUUGUUAUCUUUAUUUUUCUUUUCUUCUUCUUCUUCUUCCAGAGAACCAGUUCUUUCAAAGGCCGAAAAAACAUUUACCAAGUUGCUCGAACUUUAUUGUAACAAUUAACUUGGACAAUUAAGAGACACACAAUCGAUAAAUCAACAAAUUCAACUUUUAAUUUGUUGUUAAAUUAAAACUUUCGAGCUUAAAUCCAAAUUAAUCAACCAAAAGUUAAUCCAUAUCCGAAUCUUAAUUAACUCAACCUGGUGAUACAGUUCCUAAUGUAAUUAACUAAUUGUUUAUCCUGAUGGUGUUGAUUAUGGUGACAAUUUGUAUUAUCAAAAUUAUCCAAUGUCUUCCUAAUGUAAUAAUUUUUAAUUUGCAAACUUGUUACAACAAUUAACUUUGACUGCUCAUUAAUAGUUUACAAUUAAAUAUGAAAUUGAUUGUUGCUGAUUAAUCAAAAUUCAUUUUGAUCGGAUUAAUUUUCCCUUUUUUUAUAAAUAUAUUAUUGAUAUUUGAAAAUUUGUUAAUUGUUUGAAGGAAAAAUUAAUUGUAAUCAAAUCCAACAAAUUAAUUUGUCAUUUUGUAUUUGCUAACAAUUAAAACAAAUUGUAAUUAGUUACAACGAUGAUG